AUGCAAAUCUCAGUUAUUGCAAUCUUUACCCUCCUGGGCCUUGCAGCAGCGGCACCCUCUACCAGCAAGCGUGAGCAAGACAAUUAUGACGUUGGGUCGUGCAAUGGUACUUCAUGCCACGCCAAUUUAAUUGACACAGAGUGUGGUAACGGAUCUUGUGUGGGUGAGGGUGGUGGUGAUGGUGCGACUUGCCAUGUCCAAAAGAACCAUGGCAUGGCUUUCUGCCCUGUUGGCUGCGACAACGAUCAGGGAUACUGCCCCUAA